UUAUCUCCCCUUUGGUUAAUGUUUCAUAUCCUUUGCCUCCUCCGCUUCUUCAUCUGCUCUUAUGUAUAUAAUGAUCGCAAAUCCUUGAAGCUGAGAUCUUUCAUUCGUUUUUCUUUUGUUUUUGUUUUGCUUUCUUUGAUGUGAGAGUUUGCGAUGAGAGGCAAAAAUUCAGGAGGAGGUACAAUGAUGUUUGUCGAGACGAAUGACAUUCCGGCGACUGGGGAAUACGCUAACAUCAUGUAUUCUGAUCCAAACCUUCCCAUGACGGGAAACCACGAGGAUUUCCCACUGCGUAAUAGCAGCGCUUCCUUGACCAUGACCGCCGGAUGCUACGACCCCGGCAGGAUGAGUGGCGAGGGCUCUCCCAUGACUAUGUCGCCGUGGAACCAGACUUCUCCGUUCGCCAAAUCUCCAUGGUCGCAGUUUGAUGAGCAUCUCCCCCAGAAUGGUCUCAUUGGUUCGCUCAUCCGCGAAGAAGGCCAUAUUUAUUCCUUGGCAGCGUCCGGGGAUCUUUUAUACACCGGUUCUGACAGCAAGAACAUUCGAGUGUGGAAGAAUCUCAAGGAAUUCACGGGGUUCAAAUCUAAUAGUGGGUUGGUUAAGGCGAUUAUAAUCUCUGGCGAGAAGAUCUUCACGGGUCACCAAGACGGCAAGAUACGCGUGUGGAAGGUCUCCCCGAGGAACCCUAGCAUUCACAAGCGCUCGGGGACGUUGCCCACGUUGAUGGAGAUCUUCAAGUGCUCCAUCAAACCGAGCAAUUAUGUGGAGGUGCGACGACAUCGGACUGCUCUCUGGAUUAAGCACACCGAUGCUGUGUCUUGUCUGAGUUUGAGUGAAGACAAACAGCUCUUGUAUUCAGCGUCCUGGGACAGGACCUUGAAGGUUUGGAGAAUGGCCGACUCCAAGUGCCUCGAAUCCAUCAGCGCCCACAACGACGCGGUGAAUUCCGUAGUGGCCAGCUCUGCGGGCUUGGUCUUCACCGGCUCCGCCGACGGCACUGUCAAGGUGUGGCGGAGACAGGAAAAGGGGAAAUCCACGAAGCACGCUCUCCAACAAACGCUUCUGGAGCAGGAGUGUGCCGUGACAGCGCUGGCUGUGAACACCUCCGGCUCGGUGGUGUACUGCGGUUCCUCCGAUGGGUUGGUAAAUUUCUGGGAGCGCGAGGACAAGCAGUUAUCGCACGGUGGAGUCCUCAGGGGUCACAAACUGGCCGUCCUCUGCCUCUCAGCGGCCGGAAAUCUGGUGCUCACCGGCUCUGCGGACAAGAGCAUAUGCGUAUGGAGGAGGGAUGGCACAAUUCACACCUGCCUCUCGGUCUUAACAGGCCAUCAAGGUCCGGUGAAGUGCUUGGCGCUUGAGGAGGAUCGAGAGCUGUCAACCAAUGGUGACCCACGGUGGAUUGUGUAUAGUGGGAGUCUCGACAAGUCAGUGAAGGUUUGGAGCGUGUCGGAGCUGGCGCCGGACCUUAAUCAAACUGCGGUGAGGCAGCAGCAACGUCUGGUUUCCGACGCCGACUCGUUUGGAUGCGAGGGGAGUUUGUCUACGGGCAGAGCAAGCGGGAACAGGAGGAGGCAGUGACCUCCCCCAUCAUGACGCUGUUGGGCCUAUUUCUGUCAAUCUGUCUAAAACAUAAAAACAUAUCUGUAACUUGGUGACACGUGUACCUAAGAAUAUAUAAGGGAGGAGUCUUCUACGAUGUUUGGGUUUGAGGACUGUGAGGGCUCGAGUUUUUAUUUUCAAAUGGAUUUUGAAGAUUGUUGUUAAUUGGGAAUGAAUUAAGAAUAGGAAUAAAAUGUCAUAAAAAAUAAUAUAUUUA